GCACAUCGGUGAAGAGACACGGUCGAGGUUGCGCGAUCUUCUCUGCAAAAAAUUUACGUGAAAUAAUUUGGCCCGUCGUGAGGUUGUCGUCUUUAAUUUAUUCUCACAUUAAAUCAUCUGAUUAAUUUGAAAAAUCGUGAACAAUACAUAUUUAUAAUUUAUAUCAUUCGUAAUUUAUAGAGAGAGGCCCCCUGCCAGCAGAGUUCAUUGCCAAUGGAGGUUAAUAAUGCAGUGAAAAACAAAAUCAACGUGGAUACAAAUGGAGCAAGAACGGUCUUUGAUCGAUUUCAUAGCUCAGUUCCAGACUCCUACUUUUCCACCCACAAGCCUCAAAAUAAUUUCAGUGAUAACAGGUUCUUCAACUCGUUCUCGGACUGCACGUUGCAAGACUGUGCACCACUACCUUAUGCAGUUUGGCCAACUCAGGAAGACUGUAAAUCAGCGAAUUGGCCUCAAGUCAUGCCUAAUAACAGAAAUCUGGUAGAUGCUAGUAAUUGUGGGAGUGAGGCUGAUCUUUAUGGAUUAGUGUCAGACAUCUUGGAAGAACCAGAUUCUUUGGACCCAUACUCCUCGUACUUCUCAGAGAACAGGCUACCAUCUAGUCUGAAAGGGGUCUGGUCUCCAAACUUAACAAGAGAGGAUAGCAUGCAGUACUUCAAUAAUGAUGUGCAGAUGCCACCCAUUUCUGGAUUCCCAUCAAACCAGACUUGUCCUAAACCCAUGACCAAUGUCUGUCCUCAGACAGCAGGCAGAGAAUCUCAUCAGUGGGCUGAAUUUCAGAAUUACAAUGGUUUUGAUGCUUGUUCACCUCCAUGUAAUAUCACCUCCUGUAAUGGAGAGGAUGAUGCAUAUUCUCCCCUAGAUCUCCCUCGCCCCCCAGGCCUGAACACACCGCCAGCGUUAACCUCUAACCUGUACCAGACCAGGGCGAGUAAACCUGAGUAUAUUACACCAGAGAAGGAUGAAGGAUACCGCAGCACCACUAACUGCCUGUCUGAUUAUAUAAGCACUGUCAACAACUUCUGCUGGCCUCCACAAAAAAUGGAUGACUCCUAUUUCAGUUCAUCUCAUGAAUUUUCAUCUGUGAGCAAAGAUAAAAUGAGAAACUCCCAAUCUUUCUCUGUGCAGGAUGUCAGUAAACUGGCCUUUCUCUUGGCAGAGCAGGAUAUGAACUACUGCAGAGAAUCGAACGGGCUUUUAACACAGAGGAAUCCAGAAGAAAUCAUGGCAAAUCAGAAGAGUCAUCCUUUUCAAAAGAUCUCAGAGGUUAUUACUCAAACAUCAAAUUUUAAGAGAGAGGUGACCCGCAACCAUUUGGAGCAAAAAGGAUCUAAAGCGGAGGAUCUAAAGACUCUUUUACAAAAUCAUUAUACUACAAAUGAAUUUUCAGGGUUUGUGCAACCUAAACCUUUUUCACCUACCGUCGUUCCUCCAACUUUACACCCAAACAAAGAAGCCAUUCUGAUGGGAAGCAGCGCAGCUCAAGCUGGUGUAAAGCAGUUCCAGCCUGUCCAGUCAAACCAUUAUCAAAUCCAAGCUAACAUUUCAGCAAAGACCAACAGCAACAAUGGAUCGCAGGGGUUUGCAAAGCUCACGUCCACGUCUGGAGCUUUUCCAUUAGAUCGUUCUCAACAGUUGUUCCGGGUUGCAGCGAGAGUCCCGGCUGAUUUGAGUCAAGGGAAUGCAAUAAAUCGACAUGGUGCAAUAGGCCAAGUCAGUUUCGAAAAUUUAAGGAAGAAAGCAGGAAAUGUGGACGUUCCAGAUUUUGAACAACUGAACAAAAGGUCGUCGGCGGGCCGCAUGGUCGAUGGGCAUUUUAGUCAGAGAUUAAGCAUGAAACCCACAGUUCCUGGUUUUCUGAAAGAAGCAGACAAAAAAACAGGAGUCCUGCAGAGUCCAUACCAGGGUCUGGGCAGUAUGUACGGAGGACAAAUGAGAUACAAUGGAGCUAGUUCAAACUCAGCCAAAACAACACCACCACAGCAUUUCCCUAUCCUAUAUCAGAUGGGUGAUCCCAGAAAAAGUGCAUGCCAACCAAUUCAGUCACAACUCCCACUGCCCUACUGCUCCACGUCCGUCAUCGACAGGAAUGAACGUCUGCCUGCUGAAGAUAUUUCACCUUUCAGCCCCUAUCUACAAGAAUAUAUUGGGGUGAGCCAAGCAUCAGGAUAUGGGUCGUUCUCUGGCUUUCUAUCUGCCAUGACUUUGCCUAAGCUUGGCAAGGCACUCGGAAGCCCCAACAGUCAGCUACACUUUUACCUGGAGGAAUGUUACGAGCAGUGGAGGAUGCUGGAAAGAGAGAGAAAGAAUGCAGAAGCUGUUCUUACAAAGACUUACCCUGGAAAAUUUGUGUCCAUGAUGACCAAUAGCGUUUUACCCAAAAUGCCUCCAAACCCAUCCAGAGUGGACAGGCUCAUUGUAGACCAGCUGCGUGAACAGGCCAGGGUGGCAGGUUUGCUAGGCAAGAUGGAACAGUUGCGGAGUUUUCCAUUUCAUGCUAAUAUCAGCUCAGCAUUGGACAGGCAUCUCGAGGUCAUCUACAUCACUCAGGCACGCCGCAAGGACGAAUUCAUCAAUGCUAACAGCAGACAGAGGCAGCCGGUGGCCUUGUUUAGAGAGGACAGGGAGAUACUUCUGCUGGCUUCUGCAGUGAAGGACAUGUGCAGCAGCACCAGAAAGGCCCGAACUUCUCUCUGGUGUGCAUUACAAAUGACUUUGCCCAAAAGAAGCAGUUACCUAGAGGAGGAACACAUGAAAGGUGCCUGCUCCCCUUUUGGCCCUGACAGUCCUGAGCAGAGCAGCUUGUAGAGAGUACUGACAACCCCGUGAUCACUUUCUGGCAGGUAUACAGUCUUUGUGUGUGUGUGUGUGUGCGUUUCCGACACAAAGUAACAU